GGAGGAAAAUUAAAAGCAGCUUCCGAAGGACCUCCCACAAGGGAAAGGUAGUUCCCUUUUCCUUCAUCUGAUCAAAGAAACCUAUAUCAUAAACAGAGAUCCAUCGAGAGAGAAGAGAAAAAUGGCAUCAUCAAGCUCUUACUCAUCUCCUUGCGCUGCCUGCAAAUUCCUGAGAAGAAAAUGCAUGCCAGGUUGCAUCUUCGCGCCCUACUUCCCACCCGAGGAGCCUCAAAAAUUCGCCCACGUGCACAAAAUCUUCGGUGCCAGCAACGUCACCAAGCUUCUCAACGAGCUCCUUCCUCACCAGAGAGAAGACGCCGUCAACUCUCUCGCCUACGAAGCAGAGGCGCGCGUGAGAGACCCAGUUUAUGGUUGCGUCGGAGCCAUCUCCUUCCUUCAGAGACAGGUUCAGAGGCUUCAGAAGGAGCUCGAUGCUGCAAAUGCCGAUCUUCUCCGUUAUGCCUGCAACGAGAUCCCUCCGGCUAAUUCUCUCUCUAUGGUGCCACCUGGUUUAGGAAUCACACCUUCAUCACUUCAAGUUCAACAACUUCCUCAGCGGCCAAGGUCGACGACUAUGGAGUAUAUUAAUGGAAGGAUCGGCAAUAAUGAAGGAGGACUAGGGGGAGGAGGUGGUGGGUUGUACAGGCAAUUUCCUGCUUCUUAUAAUUACUCUCUUCCGUAUACUAUUCCAUGGGCUGAUACAGCUUCUGAUGGCAUCGAUGAGGGAGCUGCAGGAGGUGGUGGAGGUAAUUUGUAGAUUUUUAAGUUUGCAGAGAGGGAAAAAAAAAACUCGUCUAGGGUUUUUAUUUCUACCCUUUUGAGGCAUGGCCUUCCCUGCAGCAUUCUGAUGCAAGUGUUACUAUUAUAUAUAUCUAGUUUGUGAAGCAGUGAUGAACUAGUCAUGAAUUGGUCUCUAGCCAUGUAGCCUUACUUGGACCUUUCUGCUAGCUAUAACGCUAUAUCUAGGCGACCGUGACGGUCUACUGUUUAAUUUCCUUUUUAAUUCUUAAUUUUUAUUGUGUAAGGCUAAGUUCAAGACGAUGAUGAAUUGUAUUUGUUGGAACUUCAUUGCCAGAA